AUGGCCUCAGGCACAAGAUCCCAGACCACGGACACUUCCACCUCCCCAACCCACCACGGCGAAGGCGCCUCCGUCCUCUUCGUCUGCCUAGGCAACAUCUGCCGCUCCCCCAUGGCCGAAGGCGUCUUCCGCCACCUCACCCGCUUCAACACCCCGCACCAACACCCCGCCAUCGCGCGCAUCGACUCCUGCGGCACUGGCGCCUACCACGCCGGCAGCCAGCCCGACCCGCGCACCAUCCUAGUGCUCGCCGACAAAGGGGGCAUAACCGAUUACCGGCACAAGGCGCGUAGGAUCAAAGUGCCGACGGAUUUCGAGGAGUUCGAUUACAUCCUUGCCAUGGACGAGAGCAAUUACGUGGAUUUGUUGGAGAUGGGCCGCAGGGCUGUGAGGAAGGGGGUGUUGAGCGAGGCGCUGUUGAAGAAGGUGCGGCUGUAUGGGAGUUUUGGGGGCAGGGCGGUCGAUGAGGUUGUGGAGGAUCCGUGGUAUGAUGAUGGGAGGGAUGGGUUUGAGGUGGCCUUUGAGCAGGUCGAGAGGUUUGGGAAGGGGCUGUUGAAGCGUAUUGAGACGGAUGCGAAGAGGAGCAUUGAUUGA